GCUUACCACUGCACGGUUGCUUGCUCACUGCCGCUCCUGCUACACUUGCUGAGCCUGACUCCCUCAUCCUUCUCCUCUUCACGCAUACCCCGCCAGCUCUUCAGCUUCCUCUCUCAGAGACAUGCGACCCGGGGGACACAGCUUCUCUGUGGACAAAGUCAACGAGUGGCUACGCAAAGAGCAGCUCGCCAAGUCUCAGCGCAUGAAAGAAGCUCAUCGGCAGCAGCGUCUUCGGCACAAGCAGCAGCAUGAAGCAAGGAAGGAGAAACUGAGCCAGGGAGACACUCCGGCGCGGCAGGAGGAUGGGGGAAAUGAGGCACAGCAGUGGUCGUCGACUCUCGAGGAAAGCGGCUUGGACUUCUCAGCGUUGUUCGACCUCGUGGGAAAUCUUAUUGCACGUGCAGGAGAUCAGCUUAACGACAUGCAGUCAGUGACGUCGAGCCAGAGCGACGCGGAGGACAAGAAUGUCCACCAGUGGAUGGCGCGGGAAGACCUGAAAGUCUCCUUGUCUCGGGUUGGAGACUUCUCAGAGGGUGUGAAGGUUGAGGAGAUCCAGUUCCAAAGUGUUGACAAAAAGAAAUACAUCUUUUGAGUAGAUGUGCAGAAGAAUGUCACAAUAAAUCAUCAGCUACCUCUUUUUGUAGAUGCUGGUCACGCUCUAAUCUCAAU